CACUGACAAAAGUGACAGGCCGUGCACGUUUAGAAAUAACCGAGCGUAUUUUAAAAAAUUCAUGUUAUUUCUGUGAUGUUAUUUGUUGUUGUUCCUGGGUUCUAACCUAUUAUAUUAUUCCACGUGUAGCGGCCACUUCUUAAAAUAAAAUAUUAACUUUGGUAAGGUUUUGAGUACACAUUAUGGCUGAUAUAUCAAAUCAUUUGCCAAUUACAAAUUCAGUGCCACAUUAUUCUGAUUCUGACGACGAGGACGUUUUACAAGAUGGAUUAUCUGCUAAAGACAUGAUUGAGAAAGGAACGGGAUUAACUUAUAAUGACUUCAUCAUAUUACCGGGAUACAUUGAUUUUGCACCAGAUCAAGUUGAUUUGAGCAGUCAACUUACUAAAAAAAUUAUUUUAAAAGCUCCUUUAGUAUCCUCACCCAUGGAUACAGUCACUGAAGCAGAUAUGGCAAUUGCUAUGGCUCUAUGUGGUGGUAUCGGUAUUAUACAUCACAAUUGUUUGCCUAGUUAUCAAGCAAAUGAGGUACACAAAGUUAAAAAGUAUAAACACGGUUUUAUACAUGACCCUGUUGUUUUAAGUCCCAACCAUACAGUAGCCGAUGUUCUUGCUGUUAAAAAGGAACAUGGCUUUUGUGGUAUUCCCAUCACUGAAGACGGAAAGUUGGGUGGCAAGUUAGUUGGUAUGGUUACAAGCCGAGAUAUUGAUUUCUUAGAAGAUAUGCAUUUUGCUAACACUAAACUAGAAAGCAUAAUGACUAAGCUGCAAGACCUGGUAACAGCACAGUCAGGUGUUACCUUGACAGAAGCCAAUCACAUUCUGGAAAAAAGUAAAAAAGGGAAAUUGCCCAUCAUAAAUGGUCAAGGAAACUUAAUUGCUUUGAUGGCUAGGACAGAUUUAAAAAAAGCCAGGAGUUAUCCACUCUCUUCAAAAGACGACAAUAAACAAUUGAUUGUUGGAGCUGCUAUAGGAACUAGAGAAGAGGACAAAGCAAGACUGGUACUCUUGGCGCAGGCUGGUGUGGAUGUUGUCAUUUUAGAUUCAUCUCAAGGCAACUCAAUCUAUCAAAUUGAGAUGAUCAAGUUUAUCAAGAAGAACUACCCAAACCUACAAGUAGUAGCUGGAAAUGUUGUAACAAAACGUCAGGCUAAAAGUCUGAUUGAAGCUGGGGCUGAUGCUUUGCGAGUGGGCAUGGGCAGUGGAAGUAUCUGUAUAACACAGGAAGUGAUGGCUGUGGGGCGUCCCCAAGCCACUGCAGUCUACAAGGUAUCAGAGUUUGCUAGAAAAUAUGGAAUUCCAGUUAUAGCAGAUGGAGGAAUACAGUCUAUCGGACAUAUAAUUAAAGCUCUCUCACUUGGCGCAUCUACAGUUAUGAUGGGUUCCUUGCUGGCGGGAACCUCAGAAGCUCCUGGGGAAUACUUUUUCUCUGAUGGGGUGCGGCUCAAAAAAUACCGCGGAAUGGGUAGCAUUGAGGCCAUGGACAGGAAGGACGCCAUGGGUUCAGCCAUGAACAGAUAUUUUCACAGCGAUGUAGACAAAAUGAAAGUAGCUCAAGGCGUUAGUGGCAGUAUUGUUGACAAAGGUUCUGUAUUAAGGUUUGUACCAUAUCUUCAAUGUGGUGUAAGACAUGGAUGUCAGGAUAUUGGAACGCGCUCGUUGGUAGAUCUCAGAAGUAGAAUGUAUAAGGGUCAAUUGCGUUUCGAACUGAGAUCUCAUUCAGCCCAACAAGAGGGAAACGUUCACAGUUUGUUUUCUUAUGAAAAACGACUGUUCUAAAUAGAUAAAAAAAUUAAGUGUUAGUAAAUAUCUAUGCCUUUGCGGCAAAUACGUUUCUGGAAAUAUCUGUCUCUCUAUAGACAUUCAACCCAGUUGUCUAUUGCCUGCAGAUUAUAUCGAUUUUUAGUGGCGAUAAUUCCAGAUACAACCGGAGUAUUAAGUGUUAUUAUGGUACUUAUGAGCAAGUAAAGGAAGAACAUAUUUAUUACAUUUUUUAAUAAAAGUAUGAUUGUUGUGUAUAUAUUUUAUCACAAUAUUUAAAAGUCAGUUUUUCAUAUUAUGUGAUCUUAGUUUAGAUUUUUAUUUAUUUAAUUUUUUUGAAUUUUAUUCAAAAAAUGAGCUCUCGAGUAUUUUUCAUUUUCAAAAAUAACGCUUAAUGUGUGAUAUAUUUUGCCUGGGUGUUUCCCGUAGUUGUUGGUGAUGGAUUUAAUGUGUACUUACUUUUUAGAUAUUAAGUAUUUUAUUUGUAAAUGAUUAGGAAAAUUUACAAGAGGUGUACAUUUCUCUUUAUGUUUACAGACUUAACUGAAUAUCCAUUCUACUGACCAACAUUUUUAUAAAAUAUACAUUUUCGUGUUUUA